CCUCCUCCAGCCUCGUCCUGGUCCUGGUCGGUGGGGCGCUGCGGUAGCGAUGCUGUGGCUGGGGGCGCUGUGGCUGGGGCUGUGGGUCCCCGCGGGGUCUGGGGGCCUCCGCCGGGGCCCCGGGGCCGGGGGUUGCGAGCCCAUCUCCAUCGCCAUGUGCCAAGGCAUCGGCUACAACCGCACCCGGCUGCCCAACCUCCUGGGCCACUGGGACCAGGGCGAGGCAGCCCUGCAGCUCCAGGCCUUUGCUCCGCUGGUGGCCUACGGCUGCGACCCCCGGCUGCGCUUCCUGCUCUGCUCGCUCUUCGCCCCCAUGUGCACCGAGCAGCUGCCCCGCGCCAUCCCCGCCUGCCGCCCCAUGUGCGAGGCCGCCCGAGGACGCUGCGCCCCGGUCCUGGCCCUCUUCCACUUCGCCUGGCCCCCGGCCCUCGACUGCCAGCGCCUGCCCACCAGCAACGACCCCCAGGCCCUCUGCAUGGAAGACCCCCAGGACCAGGACCAGGGGGACCACCUCCCGGCUGCCUCCUCCUCACCAGAGGCCCCCCGGGGCCAAGGCAUGCUCCCCCUGGAGCCCCCUCCGCGGCCGUCCUCCCCGUCCUCCGCCCCGCCGGCCCACGACUGCCCCGAGGGACCCAAGUUCGUCUUCGUGGCCCAGAGGGGCCGGUGCGUGGCCCGCUGCGGAGGCGGGGUGGACCUGCUGUGGUCGGCGGGGGACAAGGCCCUGGCGCUGGGCUGGAUGUGGGGCUGGUCCUGGCUGUGCUUCGCCUCCACCGCCUUCACGGGGCUGACCUUCCUCCUGGACCCCGGGCGCUUCCGCUACCCGGAGAGGCCCAUCGUCUUCCUCUCGCUCUGCUCCAACCUCUACGCCGCCGCCUUCCUCCUCCGGGGCUUCGCUGGGGCAGAACGCAUCGCUUGCGCCAAGGAAGAGCACGAGGAAGGCCACCCGGAGGAAGGCCACCAGGAGGGACACCAGGCCUACUACUGGAUCCGCUCUGGGCCGGAGAGCGUCCCCUGUGCCCUGGCCUUCCUGCUCCUCUACUACUCCCUGAUGGCUGGGUCGGCCUGGUGGCUGGUGCUGACCUUGGCCUGGUUCCUGGCGGCCGGCAAGAAGUGGGGCCGGGAGGCCAUCGAGGCCCGCAGUGCCUACUUCCACCUGGGAGCCUGGGGCCUGCCUGCCCUCCAGGCCCUAGCCGCCCUGGCCCUCCGGCAAGUGGCCGCGGAGGAGCUGACCGGGCUCUGCUUCGUGGCCCCGGAGCCCGCCGCCUUGGCCGCCUUCGUCCUCUUACCUUUGGGGGCCUACCUGGCUGCCGGCAGCGCCUUCCUCCUGCGGGGCUUCGCGGCCCUCUUCCGCAUCCGAAGGGCCCUCAAGCAGCGCCUGGGGGGCUCCGGGGCCCGGGGCCUGGAGAGGCUGAUGCUGCGCCUGGGCCUCUUCUCUGUCCUCUACACCGUCCCCGCUGCUGCCGUCCUGGCCUGCUUCGCCUACGAAGGCGCCCACCUGGAGGCCUGGGCCCUCCGCGCCCUCCGCAGCCCUUGCCGGCCCCCGAGGGACCCCCGGGAGCCCCAGGACUGCUCCCUCCGCAGCUCCAUCCCUCCACCGGCCCUGGUCCUCCUCCGCAUCUUCAUGGCCCUCGCUGUGGGCAUUGCCAGCGGGGCCUGGGUCUGGAGUGGGAAGACCCUCCACUCCUGGCACAGACUUCUCUGCAGGAACAAGGUCAAGAAAGAAGAAGGAGGGAACGGGGAGACCCCCAAGGCAGCCCCCCAAGGCCCUCCUCGCCCACCAUCAGCCCCAUCAUCCCCAGAUGGACGGAGCCACCCGACUCUGAGGCCAAAGAGACCCCGAAGGAGGGGGCACAAGGGUGUCUUCCUCGAGAGAUCCCCAAAAGGAGAGCUUGGCACAGCCUUCCCACAAAAGCCAGAGGGCCCCCUCCCCUUUUAUUUAAGGCUGUAAUUUAUUUAAGGCCCUUUGGGGUGUCCCUCUCAUCCUGAAAGAAGAUCAUGGACUGGGGAGAGAGAGAGGAAAGACCUCAUGAAAGAGCUGUUCCAAGCCAGGCUGGGGGGGGGGGUCUCUGAAGGAAUCCAGGGAAAAAAGAAAAGGGGGGGGGACUUUGGAAACAGCUGCUCUCCUUUCCCCAAAAGGAGGGGAGGGGGUCAGGACCCAGCCGUGGGUCUCUCUGGGGGAGUGGGGUCUGGGCCAGAUUUCCCAGGGUCAAGGGGCCAGAGAGAGUGUGGCUUUUUCAGGAGAGAGGUCACACAUACUUGUCGCAGGACAACAAUGCCAUCCGCUGCCCACCUUGUGCCCCUCUGGCUGCCAACACACUGACCAUCCUCCUCCUGUAGUAUUUGUGGGGGAGAGCACCACUCCCCUUUCUUCUGGACCCCAAGGCUUAGAAACCAUUGUGGGGUUUGGGGGGGUGGUCAUCCCAAAGGCUGCCCUGGAGGUCUGCAGCUGAAGCCUGCCUCCGACAGAGGAGAGUCCGGCAGCCUUUUCAGUGCCCAGAGUGCCACUCUAACACCCCCCCCCCCCCCCCCCCAGUUCCCUUGAGAUUGGCAGCUCUCCUGCGGCCCAUCUGCCCCAAAGAGGAAUUGAGGAGGGGCUGGGAUGGCCACCAGUCUGGCUCUGUGGGUCUCCUCCGGCCCCUUCUCCGGUCCUGCUUGAGGGCCCCCCAACUGAACAAGGCUGCCAUGGGGACCUCCAACCCAAUGCCUGCAAGGGAUCCUCUAUUCCAGUUUAUAUGUGUGCCUUUUGCUGUCAGAGACCAGAGAAAUGUUAAAGGAUAGGAGGAGGAGGAAGGGAUGGAGGAGGAGGUGGCCCUUCUCUGGCCUUCAAUGGAGCCCAGGAGGGACCAGUCCUCCAGCCAAGGGGGCUUUGGGGGGCACUUUGGGGGCCUGAGGAGAUAAAGCCGGUGGGGACACGGGGCGUGGGUUUGCAUUGGGAAACGUCCCUGUGUCCUCACACAGAGGUGCCUCGAAUUGCAGGCUUUGCCGGCAAAUCUUUUUUAUCGAGCAACUAAAAAUAAAAAAUAGCAAUGCACACGGAUGCGCACGGACGCAUUUUCUAUACCUGCAAAAACGCAGA